UCAUACUUUGGGUGCGCCAGCUGAAGCAGAGGAAAAUAUAAAUAGAGCCAUUCAAUAUUCAUCAAGGUCCUUUUCCUCUUUAGUGACCCCACGGUCACUCUUCACUGCUGGACUUUGUCGGGGUGUAGUGUCUUCUUUGUGUCAAGCGUCUACAGAAGAUUCACCCAGCAUGUCGUCGGGGUGAAAGUUUGGGAAAGAUAUUCUAGCCCAGGUGUAGAAGGAGCGUGCUAAAAGCAAAACCUCGCCACAGGGCUCCUCGUCCCUGUCGACGAGGAGAUUUGGGAGUGACGUUCUUUCUCAGGUUCGGGAAGAGCGUUCUAAGGAGAAGGCUACACCUCCCCGCUAUCCUAAGACAACUCAACCACUUCAAAAUCAAGGAAAUCCUACUCCUGUUGAUGACACUUCCCUUGCAACUGCUCAUGAAUAGAUUUUUAAUACAGGAAUGCACCUCCCUAAAAAUGCCUUUACUCAUCAAGUUGGUGCAUCUAUUUUGAAUGACGUAAACUAUGUGAAUGACAUAGUUGAGAACAUGCUCAUGCCUUCAUAUGACUCUAAAAGGCUCAAGGGGCUUCCCUCCGAGCAACUCUUAGCCUUUCACGCCCAGAAUGUUUGCAAGAUGGGAGCAUUUGCUAAAGAGUUAUCUCGACGUACGAAGCUCUUCGAAGAGUCUAUACUAGCACUGGAUGCGGAACUGACAGCUGAAAGGCUAAUUCAAAAAGAGGUUGUGAUCGGCUACACUAGAGAGAAAGAAAAAAUCGAAAAACAUUUCCAAGCUAGGCUAGUGAUUGAAAAAUCUUCUGCCGUGGAGGAGUACAAGGCCUCAGCUGAAUUUGAUCGGGUCAACGCAAAUUAUUUUUUUGAUGGUUUUGAGGAGUUUAGACAGCAAGCCAGGGCCACCUAUGAAGACCUGGAUUUCCAACAUUUUCAGCCAUUUGCUUCUAGAGACCAGAGUCCAAGCAGUUGUCUUCAGAGUGGACCGUGCCAGGGAGAAUCAAAAGAAUGAGGACCGAGCCAUUAAGAAUGAGAUCAGUAGAAUCCAGCCCUGGAGGCCCACAGCAGUGGGCAUUUUACAUCUUGAAUGUGUAAUUGUCUUUAUUUCAUUUCCUUAAGAACAAUGUUUAUUAUUGCUCUGAAUACGACUUUGUAAUUUCACCAACUUGGGUUGGGCGCUGCUAUUUAUUUGUUCUUUUUUGAACUC